CAGGGAGGAGCAAUUCUAAACUAAGUGCAACAUACAGUCACAGACAGAGUAGUUGUCUGUAUUUGGAGUAGUAAGAAGCAACACCAACCAUCAUGGAAAGAAGAAUCCUUUGUUGGAUAUUUGUCCUUGGAUAUUUACAUACAUUAUCUGGACAAGCUGCGGCACAAACUCCAGUCAUCACAACUCCAGAUCCUAACACGUUAAGUCCAGCUCCAGACACCACAACUCCAGUCACCACAACAACUCCAGAUCCAAAUACAUCAAGUCCAGCUACAGACACCACAACUCCAGUCACCACAACAACUCCAGAUCCAAAUACAUCAAGUCCAGCUCCAGACACCACAACUCCAGCUCCCACCACAGAUACAGCAGUAACAUCAACAGGAUCAACUUCAACUGCAGCUCCAAUUACCACAACUGAGGCUCCAAUUACCACCACAACUGAGGCUCCAACCAUCAUCACAACUGAGGCUCCAACCACCACCACAACUGAGGCUACAACCAUCAUCACAACUGAGGCUCCAACCACCACCACAACUGAGGCUACAACCAUCAUCACAACUGAGGCUCCAACCACCACCACAACUGAGGCUCCAACCACCACCACAACUGAGGCUACAACCAUCAUCACAACUGAGGCUCCAAUUACCACCACAACUGAGGCUCCAACCACCACCACAACUGAGGCUACAACCAUCAUCACAACUGAGGCUCCAACCACCACCACAACUGAGGCUACAACCAUCAUCGCAACUGAGGCUCCAACCACCACCACAACUGAGGCUCCAACCACCACCACAACUGAGGCUACAACCAUCAUCACAACUGAGGCUCCAAUUACCACCACAACUGAGGCUCCAACCACCACCACAACUGAGGCUACAACCAUCAUCACAACUGAGGCUCCAACCACCACCACAACUGAGGCUACAACCAUCACCACAACUGAGGCUCCAACCACCACCACAACUGAGGCUCCAACCACCACCACAACUGAGGCUACAACCACCACCACAACUGAGGCUACAACCACCACCACAACUGAGGAUCCAACCGUCCCGGUUACCGCUGCCACCACUCCCACCACGACCACCACGGCAGCAACCAUCACCACAACUGAGGCUCCAACCAACGGCUUGAAAAUACUGGCAUUUCUGAAGGUGAAGAUAGUUUACUCUGGAGAGGUCAGCAAUGAAACCAUCGCUGCAAUUAUUGAACAGUUCAUUCAAGAUCGCCUCCCGUAUGGAAUAACCCUCAAAAUUUUGGUGAGAAACAUUAGAGCCGAAACUCCCACAAUUCCAGUUCCAACCACCACCAGUCAGACUCCAGUGUUCACAGUGCAGUGAAACAGUCGCCAUGACAUCAUAAAAGGGUUGCACCAUAGAAGCUUCAAUUGGACAGAAAUAGUCAAGUCAAUGUAUAAAGAAAGCAGUUCACCUCAGCGGUUUCAUCAUAUCAUUUGAGUUUUCUACAGUUUGAUUACAACACAUUAAAAGCCAUUGUAUUCCACUGUGCUGCUGUGAUCUACAAUCAAUAUCUCCAAAAAGGGCUUAAGGAUUUUGAAAAAAUAUCUAAUUGCAAUUAUUUUGACUGAUAUUGCAAUAGCAAUAUGAUUUGCGAUAUUAGGGGGAAUGAUCCUUUAUACAUCAUUAUUUUUUAUAUAUAUUUAUAUAUUAAAAUGAAUAUUUUAGUGGGAUCUGUACAAAACAUCUUUUUUUAUUUUUUUUAAGUCUCUAGAAUACAAUGUGUAGGCCAGGACAUCUCUGCAGCAUGACAAUAUUUAAUUUAAAGUGGUAUCUCUAACAACUGUCCCUCCAGCGAUUUGAAAAUUGCAGUAGGCCAUAUUGCGAUUUUGUUUAGCCCUUUCUCCAAAUCACCAGAAGUAGCUAAAUUGCAUGCCAGGUGUGAGAAAAUGGUCUUUUCCAUUAAGUAGAGGACUUUAGGCUCAGUCCCCUUAAAUGUCUCUUUAUUUUCAUUAUGCCAAAUUAAAUCUAA